UGGCUUGAUCUGGUUAUGAAUUCAGUCCUCGGUUGUCUUGUUUGUCGUCUCCAUCAUCGUCUUCCUCCAGCUCCUCUCCUCUCCUCUCCUCUCCUCUCCUUCAGCUGGGUUUGGAUUGGUAGCCACCAGGCCACCGCGUAGAGACGAAAGAGAUAGAGGGACCUGCGGCAGCGAGGUCAAUUGCAUCGAAUCGGAUCGGAUCGGAUCGGGUCUCGACUCAAUUCCCGCCGUUAAUCCACCGCCAACCUCCUAAGCUCCCACCACGGCAGCGGAGGCGUCGGCCAUGCCGGCGCGUGUGGCGGCGGAGAUCGCCGCGCUCCCGGAGCCGCGCGGGCCCAUGCGCCGCCUCUGUGGUGACCUCACGCGCCGCAUCCGCCUCCUGGCGCCCCUCUUCCAGCACCUCCAAGACCGGGGCGACGCCUUGCUUCUCGCAGACGCGCUGGGCGCCGCGCGCGAUCUCCUCCGCGCAGUUCACGAUGGCAGCAAGAUCUACCAGGCCAUGCAAGGGGAUGCCGUGCUCCAACGCUUUGCAACUGUCAACAGGCACAUUCACCUAGCCUUGGAUGCCUUGCCCUACCAAACCUUCGACAUGCCUGAAGAAGUGCUGGAGCAGGUCGAUCUUGUGCAUUCUCAAUUCAAAAGGGCUGCAACCACAGUUGCUCCACCAGAUGCACAGCUGUCCAAGGAUAUAUGCUCUGCUCUUGCUGACAAGGCCUUUGACCCUCGGGUCUUGACGAGGAUCUCAGAUAAGCUGCAAUUGCACACCAUGGCCGAUAUCAAGAAAGAGUCCCUCGCCCUGCAUGAGAUGGUCAUCUCCAGUGGCGGCGAACCUGAUGGCUGCGUUGAGGAGAUGUCCUCCUUGCUCAAGAAGCUUAAAGACUGUGUCGUCACUGAAGCUCCCACCACAGAGACGCUCAGCACCAGGUCUGCCUCCAUAAAGCAUACAUCUCCUAUCAUCCCUGAUGAAUUCAGAUGCCCAAUAUCCCUUGAGCUCAUGCAAGACCCUGUCAUCGUUUCCAGCGGACAGACUUAUGAGCGAUCUUGCAUCCAGAAAUGGCUUGAUUCUGGACACAAGACAUGCCCUAAGACACAGCAGCUCCUCUCCCAUACGUCACUGACACCAAACUUUGUCCUGAAAAGCCUAAUAGCUCAGUGGUGUGAAGCCAACGGCAUUGAGCUUCCGAAGAACAAGGCAAACUCCCGAGACAAGAAAGCAGCAAAAAGCUCUGACUACGACCAUGCUGGUUUAGUCUCCCUAAUGAACAGGCUGAGGAGUGGCAGCCAAGAUGAGCAACGUGCAGCUGCUGGUGAGAUCCGUUUGCUUGCAAAGAGAAAUGUCAACAACCGGAUAUGCAUUGCUGAAGCAGGAGCAAUUCCCUUGCUAGUCAAUCUACUUUCCUCUUCAGAUCCAAGAACGCAGGAACAUGCUGUCACAGCGCUCCUUAAUCUCUCUAUCCAUGAGAACAACAAGGCAAACAUUGUAAGCUCUCAUGCUAUCCCUAAGAUUGUGGAAGUGCUCAAAACUGGGAGCAUGGAAGCUAGAGAGAAUGCAGCAGCCACAUUAUUUAGCUUGUCCGUUGUAGAUGAAAACAAGGUUACAAUUGGUGGCGCUGGCGCAAUACCUCCACUCAUUAAUCUUCUGUGCGAUGGGAGCCCAAGAGGGAAGAAAGAUGCUGCAACGGCAAUUUUUAAUCUGUGCAUAUACCAGGGAAAUAAGAUACGAGCAGUGAAAGCUGGAAUCGUUAUCCAUCUGAUGAACUUCUUGGUGGACCCUACUGGGGGAAUGAUUGAUGAGGCACUCACUCUUCUGGCUAUUCUUGCUGGUAACCCUGAAGCCAAGGCUGUAAUUGCGCAAUCGGAUCCCAUCCCGCCACUUGUGGAGGUGAUUAAAACUGGGUCUCCUCGCAAUAGAGAGAAUGCUGCAGCCGUUCUGUGGUCACUUUGUUGCACUGCUGUUGAGCAAACGAGGGCUGCAAAGGCUGCUGGAGCAGAGGAUGCACUCAAGGAACUGUCAGAUUCUGGCACAGAGCGUGCAAAGAGAAAAGCUUCUAGCAUUCUGGAACUCAUGCGUCAAGCUGAAGAAGCAUGAACCUGAGUAUAGUAGAUUUGUGAGGUUGUGGCUUUGUUAUAUUGUACACAUAGUCACUAAAUUCUUAUGAAUAGUGUUGACAUUUGAGAUAUAUCUGUAGGCAGCAGAUGUGUUAGAAUUUUCUGUAAACAUAUAAAUUGGAUGUAUAAUAAUGAAAGUCAGCCCAAAGUGUACUUCUUAUUGAUAAAAAGCAUAGCAAAUACAUUUGUAUGUGAUUCAAUUUGGUGGUUAUCAUCGUUUCA